AUGACAGUAAAGCCUGGUAUUUUAUUUAUCACUGCUCCAGCCUUUUCAUCGAAAAUCUACAACAGCACCAUUCAAGAGAAGUUUCAAGUGGAACACUAUGACUUGUGCUCUAGCAAUUCAGAGGCGUUUCUAGAAUACUUGCAAAAAACGUUUAACACCUCGAGUAAGCCUUUGUCUGUCAUUUACGGUGGAUUUCCCGCUUUUGGUCCGAUUGGAGGUCUAACACGACAAUUACUCGAGGAUCAAAGGUUUCCCAGACAAAGUUUACAAUGCGUAGUGCUGUGCUCUCGUGGAGUAGACGGCAUUGAUCUUGAAGCGACCAAAGAACACGGCAUUGAGGUGCACAACUACAACGACGAGGAUCAGUCAACAGAGGCUAACGAGGAGCCAAGACCCGGGGUGGUGAGUGACGAAGUUGCAAACUGCGCCAUGUGGCAUGUGUUGGAAGGGUUCCGUAAAUUCUCGUUUUCUCAGGCGUGUUUGCGUAGCACCGGCAAUACGUUACACUCUAGACAAGUUGCUGCUGGCGUUAAGUUUAACAGUUCCAAGUUUACAUUCGGUCAUGCCACGAAAAGGGUAGAGAUCAGGUCGCCAAGAGGACAGAAAGCCCUUAUUCUUGGUCUGGGUGGUAUUGGGAAGCAGAUCGCUUACAAGCUUCAACAUGGUCUAGGAAUGGAAGUCCAUUACGCCAAGAGAAGCCGCGAUAACAGCGUUCCUUGGACCUUCCACAAACUCGAUUCUUCAAUAUAUCCCCAGCUUUACCAGUUUACCGCAAUUGUGAUCGCACUGCCCGGCUCAUCAGAAACUAAACACUUGAUAAACGAUAAAUUCUUGAGCUUCUGUUGCAAAGAUCUGAUAUUGGUUAACAUUGGCAGAGGCGCCAUCAUCGAGCAGGAUGCGAUUUCGAAGGCUAUUGUUAAUAACAGUAUCAGACACUUUGGAACUGACGUAUUCUACCACGAGCCAGAAGUCGAAAACUGGUUAUUGGAAAACGAUGAAUGUGCUACCAUAACUCCCCACAUUGGGAGUGCCACUGAGGAUAACUUUUACCAAAGCUGCGAAUAUGCUUUAAGCAAGGCACUAAAUGCGUGUUUUCCAUAA